AUGGACCACGACGACUCGGCCAAGGCCACCGGCGAGGUCAUCUCGAAGGCCAUCGACGAGAAGCAUGAAGUGGAGUCGGAAAAGGAGUCCACGUCGCCCACGACUACCCUGAGCGAUAAAGAGAAGGAAAUCAUCGACCUGCAGUUAACAGCGCCUACUCUCACAGUUGGCUAUUUUUCCUUAUUUCGAUAUGCCACCGCCAAAGACAAGGCUAUUAUGGCUAUAGCGUUGAUCGCUAGUAUUGCGGCCGGUGCAGUAAUGCCACUGAUGACACUUGUUUAUGGCAAUUUCGCGGGAAGCUUUACUGGCUUCUCAGUCGAUGCAGUUGCAGCCGCCAGAUUUCAGCAUGAAAUUGAAAAAUUCACAUUGUACUUUGUAUAUCUGGGCAUCGGAGCGUUUGUCACCUCAUAUAUCAGUAUCAUUGGAUUUUCGUACACCGGAGAACGCAUUACACGAACGAUUCGAGAGCUCUACUUGCGCGCCAUCUUUAGGCAAAACAUUGCUUUCUUCGACUUCCUAGGCUCCGGCGAAGUCACCACUCGUAUCAGUUCCGACAUGAACCUUGUUCAGGAUGGUAUCGGCCAAAAGAUCGGCUUGUUCGUCACUGGAGUCUCCAUGUUUGUGUCAGCUAUUAUUAUCGGUUUCAUCCGAUCCUGGAAACUCUCUUUGAUCAUGUUAUCUGCCACUAUUGCACUGAUAUUGAUGAUGGGCGUCAAUGGUACCCUGAUGAAGAAGGCGCAAACUCUAUCCAUCGACGAAUACGCUACAGCUGCUUCCUUGGCCGAGGAGGUGCUGUCCUCGGCUCGCAAUGUCGCUGCAUAUGGAACACAGAAGCGUCUUGAGGAAAAAUACAGGGUCUUUGUAGAUCGCGCAACUGGGUUCGACUACAGGGCAAAGUUCUGGCUGUCGAUGAUGAUUGCUGGGAUGAUGGGUGUGCUCAAUCUUCAAUAUGCCUUGGCCUUUUGGCAAGGUAAGCGAUUUCUGGACGAUGGAGAGCUCGGUGUCUCGAACAUUCUUACCGUGGUCAUGGCACUUAUGAUUGCGGGCUUCUCCAUUGGGCAGAACUUGCCUCAUAUCCAGGCGUUCGGUGGAGCUACUGCGGCUGCUACCAAGGUCUUCAACACAAUUGAAAGAGACUCUCCCAUCGACCCAGAAACUGAUAAAGGCAUCAUACCCGAUGACUUUGUUGGAAACCUUGAGUUCAGGAAUCUCAAGCACAUAUAUCCUUCUCGUCCAGAUACUACGGUGCUCUCGGGUUUCAAUCUAUCUGUACCCUCCGGCAAGAUGGUUGCGCUUGUGGGUGCGUCAGGAUCUGGAAAAUCUACAAUUGUUGGACUUUUGGAACGCUUCUAUCUACCAAUGGAGGGUCAGAUCCUCUUGGAUGGAAGGGAUAUCGCCACUCUGAACCUACGUUGGUUGCGUCAGCAUAUCGCCAUUGUCAGCCAGGAGCCUGUGCUAUUCAGCACAACCAUCUACGAGAGUAUUUUGCACGGAUUGGUCAAUACCGAGUAUGCAAAUGUAUCAGACGAGAAGAAGAUGGAACUUAUUGAGAACGCCGCCAAGAUUGCCAAUGCCCACGACUUCAUCAUGGACCUCCCGGAUAAAUACCAAACCAAAGUUGGAGAGCGUGGUGGACUGCUUUCAGGUGGACAAAAGCAGCGAAUUGCCAUCGCUCGUGCCAUUGUCUCGGAUCCCAAGAUUCUUCUUCUGGACGAAGCUACUGCCGCACUUGAUACUAGGUCUGAGAGUCUAGUCCAGGACGCUCUCGACAGAGCAUCGCAAGGACGAACAACUAUCGUCAUCGCCCACCGACUGUCUACUAUUAAGAAGGCUGACAACAUUGUGGUCAUGGCAUUGGGAAAGAUUGUCGAGCAAGGCACUCAUCAAGAACUCAUCGACCUCAACUCUGUGUAUGCAAGUCUUGUGCAGGCUCAAGAGCUAACUUCCAAGAAAAACACCGACAAUAGGAUAUCGCAACUAGGUGAUCCUGAGAAACCAACAGGAGGCGAAGCAGACGAUCAGAAACUUGCUUUGUUGCGAACAGCGACAUCGGCUCCUUCUGAAUUCUUGGCAAAGAAAGACGACAAAGAUAGGAACUACGGCGCCUGGGAGCUGAUCAAGUUCAGCUGGGAAAUGAACGAGGGCGAACACAAGGCAAUGACUCUCGGACUGAUUUUUAGCUUCCUCGCUGGGUGUAACCCCGCCUUUCAAGCCAUCUUUCUUGGUAACUCGAUCAACUCGCUCUUGUCGCCCGGAACAUCGCUCGGCGGACAUGGCGUCAACUUCUGGUGCGGCAUGUUUCUCAUGCUCGGACUUGUCAUCGGUUUCUUUUACUUUGUCCAGGGUCAGACACUAUCUAAAGGAUCUGCUAAACUCGUCGGUAAUGUGCGAAUCCGCGCUUUCAGAGCCAUGCUUCGCCAGGAUAUGGAGUUUUUUGACGGCGAAACGGUCACUUCCGGAGCUCUCAGCAACUUCCUAUCGUCAGAGGCAAACCGCCUUGCUGGUCUUAGUGGAUCCACUCUUGGAACUAUUAUCAGCGCUGGCGCUUCUAUCUUGGUCGCCUUUAUUGCCGGGUGCUCUUUUGGAUGGAAGCUGGCUCUCGUGUGCUCUUCAACCAUACCUCUUGUCAUUGGAUGUGGUUACUUCCGUUUCUACGCACUCACUCGCAUGGAGAAACGAACCCAGGAGACAUCCGAUGCUGCGAGUUUUGCCUGCGAGGCUGCCUCGUCCAUCCGCACUGUUGCGACGCUUUCGCUCGAGAAGCAUCUCUUGGCCGAGUACCAAGCUAAGCUGGUAGACCAGGGCAAAGGCUACUUCAAGUUUACAAACGUAUCAGCCGUGCUCUAUGCUACAUCCCAAGGAUUGAAUAUGUUGGUCUUUGCCCUGGUCUUCUGGUACGGAGGUCAACUACUGUUCCGUCGGGAGUACACCGUCUUGCAGUUCUUCAUUGUCUAUUCCGCGAUCAUAAACGGUGCUCAAGCUGCUGGAUCUAUCUUCUCCUUUGCCCCAGAUAUGGGCGAGGCCAAGGAUGCUGCCAAGUUGCUCAAGUCGUUCCUAAACCGCAUCCCUAAGAUCGAUCACUGGUCCCAAGAUGGCAAGAAGAUUGAUCGCCUGACAGGAAAGGUUGAGCUUCAAGAUGUACGCUUCACAUACCCAGGGCGACCAGACCACCGCGUAUUGCGUGGGGUUAAUCUCACUGCCGAGCCUGGUCAAUUCAUUGCACUUGUUGGUGCCUCUGGUAGCGGAAAGUCGACCGUCAUGCAGCUACUGGAGAGAUUCUAUGACCCGACCAGUGGUGCUGUACUUGUUGAUGAGGUGCCACUGACUGACUACAACCUCCAAGACUACCGUUCACAACUAGCCAUUGUGAGCCAAGAAACCACGCUCUACACCGGCACAAUCCGCGAAAACAUUAUGGCAGACAAGGAGGAGUUGGGUGAUGACGUCGUCAUCCAAGCAUGCAAAGAUGCAAACAUCUAUGAUUUCAUCACAUCAUUACCAGAUGGCUUCAACACGCUCGUAGGCGCAAAGGGUGCUCUUCUCUCAGGUGGCCAGCGCCAACGUUUGGCAAUUGCCCGUGCCCUCCUCCGCGACCCCAAAGUCCUCCUUCUCGACGAAGCUACUUCUGCUCUCGACUCCACAUCCGAGCGCGUCGUACAAGAUGCCCUUGACUCCGCUUCGAAGGGUCGUACUACAAUUGCCAUCGCACAUCGAUUGAGCACAAUUCAACACGCGGAUGUAAUCUACGUGUUUGACCAUGGCAAGAUUGUCGAGAAGGGUCGACAUGACGAGCUGGUAGCCAAGAAGGGCGUGUACUAUGAGCUCGCAAAACUGCAAGCCAUUGGAGCACCGCAGUAG